UACGUCACUGUCGAGUGUCAAAACAGAUUUUGUGUACAACUGCAUUUGCCCAAAGCAACAGCAAAACCAAGAAACAAAUUCAAAAAUUAUUGAAAAAAUUGGAAAUAAAAUGUCUACAGAAGAACUAAGCAAAACUGAAAAGCUUCAACGUGGUUUCCAAAUCAACUGGAUGAUAUUAAGGGACGCCGAUACUGGCAAAGUUCUGUGGCAGGAGAACAAAGACUUUUCAUCGUCGGGCGAGGAGCACGUCGCCAGAGUACCCAUAAAAAUUCUAGAUCUUCGAGCAGUUUCUCGGGAAAUCAAUUUCAGUACAAUCGAAACCAUGGAAAAUUUUCGAUUAGAUCAAAAGGUCCUCUUCAAAGGUCGAAUAUUAGAGGAAUGGUUCUUCGAAAUGGGAUGGGUGCAACAAAACACGACAAACACAUGGCAGUCAACAAUUGAAUCAGCCCCCGAAUCACAGAUGAUGCCCGCCAAGGUGCUAAACGGUAACGUUACAAUCGAAACCAAUUUCUUCGACAGCGACACGUUAAUAUCGAAAUCGGUAGUGAGGCUCUACUAUGUGUAGCCGAAUCUGAUGUGAAUGCAACGAAAAUUCAAAUUAAGAUUUUUGCUUCGUUCAAUUGGAAAAAUGGAAUGCUCAACGAAUCGUUCCACUCGCCUUUUAUAUUUCGAAAUUUUGUAGAAAUUUUGAUGGAAACGGCUGCGUAGAUAAUAAGUGAUUGUGUGUAUACAUAGCAGCACAGAUUUAAGUUAUUAAUUGGAAAUAAAUUUGUACAAACGUGA